CCUGGCCUACUAUUUGCAAAUAAGGUCUUAAUCAAUACAAGUUGAUACACAUAAAAAUAACAACUUUCCCCGCCAGAACACCUAGUGUAGUUGACAAAAUUAUUCAGUAAGCAAGGAGGAGUUGCACGGAGGUAGAACACCCUAACCCAAAGCAGCAACAUGGGUGUCCCGAAGUUUUUCCGCUAUAUUAGCGAGCGUUAUCCGUGCCUUAGCGAGUUGGCGCGGGAGCACAGCAUUCCUGAGUUCGAUAAUCUGUACCUUGACAUGAACGGUAUCGUUCACAACUGCUCGCAUCCGGAUGACAACAACAUACACUUUCACCUCGAGGAGCACCAGAUAUUCCAGGAGAUAUUUAACUAUGUAGACAAGCUAUUCUACCUGAUCAAGCCGCAGCGUCUCUUUUUCCUGGCCGUUGAUGGUGUGGCGCCUAGGGCCAAAAUGAAUCAGCAGCGAAGCCGGAGAUUUCGGUCGGCGCGGGAGGCGGAGCAGUUGGAGACAAAGGCGGCGCUGCGUGGCGAGAAGCGGGAGCACGAGCGCUUUGACAGCAACUGUAUCACCCCGGGCACCGAGUUCAUGGUGCGGCUGCAAGAGGGUCUGCGCGCUUUUCUCAAGACGAAGAUUUCCACGGAUCCGCUGUGGCAGCGGUGCAGCGUGAUUCUUAGCGGCCAGGAGACGCCUGGCGAGGGCGAGCACAAGAUUAUGGACUGCAUUCGGUACAUGAAGGCGCAACCAGACUAUGACCCAAACACGAGACACUGCCUAUACGGCUUAGACGCCGAUCUAAUUAUCUUGGGUCUCUGCACUCACGAGCUGCAUUUUGUGGUGCUGCGUGAGGAAGUUAAAUUCGGUCGCAACGUAAAACGAGCCUCGGUGGAGGAGACGCGUUUUUUUCUGCUGCAUCUAGGCCUGCUGCGAGAGUACCUGGAACUAGAGUUCGACGCCUUGAGCACACCCGAGCGAAAGUUGGACGUGGCGCAGCUCAUUGAUGACUGGGUUCUUAUGGGCUUCAUGGUGGGCAAUGACUUCAUCCCCCAUUUGCCAUGCCUCCACAUCUCCUCCAAUGCUCUGCCCCUUUUAUACCGCACCUAUAUCCGUAUUUACCCUACCCUUGGUGGGAAUAUCAACGAAAACGGCAAGCUCAACUUGCGGCGCUUGCAAAUCUUUAUGACUGCCCUCACAGAGGUGGAGAUUGAACAGUUCAAAGAGCACGCCGACGAUCUAAAGUAUAUGAACGCUAAGACGGAAGCAUUUGACAUCGACGUCACCGAGAUUGCUGCCAAUGAAAACUACGAUUCCGAUCUAGGAGCCCUCAUUAAUGAGAGCAUGAUGCUUUAUGAAGAUGAUAGCGAUGAAAACGGGAGCGACGAGGAAGCGAUCCUGGCUAGCGAGUUCAAGAAUUAUAAGCGCAACUACUACCGCAACAAAUUCAAGAGGGAAUCGCAGAGCCAACUGAUCGAAGAACUGGGACAUCACUAUGUCAACGCACUGCAGUGGAUUCUCGAUUACUACUAUCGCGGUGUUCAGUCCUGGGAUUGGUACUAUCCCUUCCACUAUGCUCCUUUCAUCAGUGACCUCAAGAAUAUCGAGCAAGUCCAGAUUACUUUCCAAUUGGGCAAACCAUUCCUUCCAUUCCAACAGCUUUUGGCGGUGCUGCCGUCGUCCAGUUGCAAACUGCUUCCAACUGCAUACCACGACCUAAUGCUGCUUCCGAGCAGCCCACUGGCUGAGUUCUAUCCUUUAGAGUUCGAGAGUGAUCUUAAUGGCAAGAAGCACGACUGGGAAGCGGUGACCCUGAUUCCCUUUAUCGACGAAGAGCGGCUGAUUGCUGCAAUGAGUCGAUGUGAGCCGCUGCUAUCGGCGGCGGAGAAGGAACGGAAUCGACACGGUCCCAUGUACGUGUACAAUUACUGUAUUGAGUCCCAGGGACCGAUGGCUCCGCACCCACCUCUACGGGCAUUGACGCACCUGUACUGCAUGGAGGUUCCAAAGUGGUCAAGCGAGAUCGCCAUCAACUUGCCACAUAGUGUGUGCGCCGAACUGCCAAAUGCGUCGAGACACGUAUUUUUCCCGGGCUUCCCGACAAUGAAGCAUUUGCCUUUCGACUUUGAGCUUCGCCAGGAUCGCGUUAAAGUUUUCGAACAGUCCAGCCGUAACCAAAGCAUGGUCCUGAAGCCCCGUAAACGGCAACUGGACACCUUGGAAGCGGUGGCUGGGCAAUAUCUGGAACAGGUGGUGCACAUCGGUUGGCCUCAUCUCAUCAAAGCUAAAGUAGUGCGCGUGGUAACACGAGACCAGCGAGUCGACGAGGAGGGUAUAUCGACAUAUGAAUCAAGACGGUUUGACUCGGAGUGCAAGACGCUGAAAGAACACUUUACAACGCGUAUGGGAAUUGAGUUUGCCAACUUCGACGUACUCGUCUAUGUGCGCACUUUUUCUGGAAGCACUACGGAGUUUGGAGCUAAAGGAAAACUGAUGGAGAGAGAUGCGUGGAGCGAGGCUGUCACCGCCUAUCCCGCCCAGGGUGUGGUGGCCGAUCUGGUUGUAAAGGAGAAUAUGCGUAAGCAAUUUAACAAGGUAGAGGAAUUCUUCCCCGCCGGCAGCCAGGUCUUCUUCAUCGGCAACCCGUAUUAUGGUAGCGAGGGAACUGUUCAGGACCCAUUACUCGCUUACACAUGCGGUCGCAUUCAGGUAAGCAUUCGGGUCUGUCCGGAACCGGAUGUGCAGGAGGCACGCGCAUUGCAGGAAGAGCGCGACCGAGACUUAAUGAACACUUACGAAGUGUGCCAUUCGCUUAACAUCAACGGGCUGGCUUUGGGUCGCCUCUCCGGCACAAUGUGGGUGGUUCUCGGUCCUCGACGGGAGAAGAUGGAGAACGUGGCCAAGCACAACAUUGGUUUGCAGCUAAAGUUCCCACGGGGAAACGAGGAGCGCGUGGGAUAUUGCUCCCGCUCCGGUUACCAAUGGUUCUACUCUAGCCUGGCAGUGGAACUAAUGCGCGAUUAUUGUCAGCGUUUCCCAGAGGUAGUUGCGUUCUUUGCUUCCAGCAAUGAUCGAUGCGAGUACGUCUUUGAGGGGGAUAUUUUUCCGGAUGCAAUUGGCCAGCAUCGUAUUGAGGAUGUGGCGAACUGGGUGCGACAGCAACCACACAUGAAGGUAGAACGCAUCUCGUGCGGAUCCAAGACUGUCUGCCGAGAGACUGUCGAGCUGUUGAUAUCGGCGGUUGAUGAGCUACGUAGUCUGCCUGUCAAGGAGGUAAAGCUGCAGGUGAAACCGCAUUUACUUGUCAAGCCCAAUGUCACACUCCCAGAUGUCUACCGAUACCGUCGUUCAGUGCGUCUCUUCGCCCGCGUUAUUGUUGUCCGCAGCAUUUACAUGGUACCAGUAGGUAUCAAGGGUACCGUCAUUGGAAUUUAUCCCGUAACAGAUCCUAACCCAGUCCGCUUGGAAUGCGUUCAUGCCGUUGACACCUUUUGUGAAGUGUUGUUCGAUAAGGCUGUUCCAAAUUUUAAUGAUAUCCACGGCAUCGCUCAAGACCGAGUCUACAAAGUACCCGAAAACGCCCUGGUUGUCAUCUAUACGAAUGAGCAAGGACAAAAACAGAAUGAUAUAGUGCAGCCGGAGCGUGCUUCCCAAAAACACAAGGCAUCGGGUGAAAACGUCCGUACGAAUGUACAAAAGCCGCAAUCGACAAACAGUAGUCGUUAUGUAACUGCAGCAGGUUCGGAUUGGGUCCCGAUCACGAUGAAGUCACAGGUAUCUGACGGAUUUGUCAAGGCGCUCGGUGACUCAAAGACCAAACCGGAGAAGUCAAAGCCAGUUCAGCAGCAACAGACACCGGAGCAGAUGGCAAAUUGGCGCGAUCGUCCCAGUACUUCAUCGGGCAAGUCGCAGCAGGCGUCAAAUAAUUGGCGGAAGAAUACAUCACGCCAGCAAGGGGGUAGUUCUGCCCUCGAUCCGGCUAAUGCUGCUCCCACUGCAAUUGUGAAUGCAACUACGAUCGAAACUACGACCUCAACAGCGACUCCUCAGGCUCAGACAUUGGCGCUCAUGUCGUUGUUGGGCGUAAAGAACCAGGACCAGGGUUCUUCGCAACCUCAAGAGUCCAUACAGCAGCAACGUCCAACACAACUGCAACAAGCUCCAAUUCCCGGACAAAUGCCUAAUCUGCCCAAGCCACCGCUUUUUUGGCAGCAGGAGGCACAGAAGCAACAACAUGUGCAAGCUCAGCAGACUGAUCGUAUCAAAAACCAGCAGUGGUACAGAAGCCCACAGUCGGGAGCGGACAUGGAUCACCAUCCCGGAGGUGGUCAUCAAAGGAGGCAGCAACAGCAGCGAAUGCACCACACUGACGUACCCCGUUCUGUCUUUAACAACGGAAAUCAGUCGCAUGCGAGCUCCACCAUAGCUGACCAGAUUGCCUUCAACAAUAACGUGCGAAUGCCUCCUCAAUUCCGACAGCCAUACCAACCGUACCAACAACAGCAGCAACUGUAUCAAUCCAACUUCCAGACGCCGACGGAGACUAACAAUGUGACAACUCGAUAUUCAUCGAUACAAGAUUUUGUACCUAUACAGGCUUAUCGUCCAAAGAAAUCAAACCGUGCUCAGCCAGGAGGCCGGGAUUUAAAUGCACAAUCGUUAAAUGAGACCACAGUUAGAAACUCCACUUGCAGUCUUCCGAAAAGAUCACCGAACGAACAGACUGUUGAACUAAUGCAAGCACUUAGUAUUCAGCCAUCGACAUCACAGACCGAUUCUGAUGGGUCCCUGUCAACCAGAACGAAUGAAUCCCUAGCAUCGUCUUCAUCACAGAUCAAGCCAAGGAAACAACGAGUGCCUCGAAUUGGGGCCAAAUUCGAUUUGGACUAUAUAAUGCACUAAGACGAAAAGACAGAUAAAGAUAAAUCCCAUUGUUUAAAUUCUGAAAGUGUUUUCUGAUUAAGUUGAAUACCCACCUAGCGCUAAGAAAGCAAAAAGUUAUUUAAAAACCUCCUAAUUUUCAUUUCCUAGUCCGUUCGUGGCUCUUAAAAUAGCCGCGUCCUUUUGACUACAUUUUUUAAAACAAAUUGUGGAUUAUGUGAAUACUGAAAUGAGACUGACUCAUAUUUUAUUUUCUUGUAAUAAACACCACCUUUUUCUUUUACUUUUUAUAUUUAAUUCCAUUACAAAAGUCCCUCAGUCCAAAGGACCACCUGUGAAAAAUCAACACCUUUAUAUUAGUUUAUUAUUGGAUGUUUAAGUGUCCAUCGUGUACAUUAAUUAUAUUAAAAAGGAACUUGUUCUAUA